AAAAAUGUUGGUACAACGCUCUGAUGAAUGGCCCUGAUUAAUGAUGGGUGACCAGAACAAUUCGAUCAGUGAGGAUCAAUCUGAUGAUACCUCUCGGAAUAGCGUCCAUAUCAACGAAGUCAGCAGUGUCAGCGGUCGUGGAGGGCAGAAUACGGCAAUUGGAGUGAAAAUCGUGAGAGAAGACAAAACAAAGAUAUACCAACCUUUUUCCUUCUCUGGAUGUCAUUCACCAAAGGCCUGGCUCAUAACCAUUAUUGUUGUUGUGCUCGUCAUUGCAGGGGCAAGCAUAGGUGGGAUAUUCGCGUCAAAAGAUUCGAAAAAGGGUUCGGCAGAGACUCCAGUCAAUCCUCAACCAACAUCGCCCGUUGUCAACACCUCAACCUCUCACGGCAACGAAACCGGGACAUUCGACUCGACCAAGUACCGCGCCUGGGACGAGCCGCAGCCUCUUCUGGCUGAAUGGGUGCGGUUCGGACAGAGCUUCGCCGCACCCCCUAAAAUCGCGCUUGGAUUGCAACAUCUCAAUGCAAAAGAAGGAUCUAGCACAGCCGGAGUAAGUGUAUAUGCCGAUGGCGUGACAGAGUCUGGAUUUGUGAUGCAUCUUGACGCUGUUGCGGACUCUGAGAUAUACACUGCUGUUUGCACCUGGAUCGCCGCACCGCCCUACAGCGCCGUCAACACCACGCAGUACCAAGUGGGCCAUUGGAGCACCUUGGAGAGCCAUCCAAGAGGACAAACCCAAGCGGAGACAUCCUCCCGCAUCUCAUUUGGCUACAAGUUCGACGUAGCUCCCCACGUGGUUCUUUGGAUCGACGGGUUUGAGAUGGCGAGCGCACGGGACUGGCGUCUGAAGACGUAUGCAACUGACAUCGACCUGACGGGUUUCACCAUCCACAUCGACACCUGGAAUGACACGAUCCUGUACGUGGGCAAUGCGUCAUGGGUGGCAUGGCCCGCGUCAACUCCAAACGUAGUGACUGGAGUUAUGGAACCGGCCCAUGUCCACGACUUGGGUCUGGUUGGCGUGAACUACACAUUCGGGGACAGGGUCCAUGUUGACUGGCCACAAGAUGUCAAGACUGGGAACAUCCCAACUGUCCUGUCCGGGUUCGGGUCGUUCGAUGUGGACAACAACAGCUGGAUGCGCUUCAGUGAGUUGUAUGGAACACCGAACACGACGGCAGAUGGCAUGGACAGGGACAUCAGUGGGUUUCAGCAGGCUAGGUUUCGGGACGGAUCGGUGCCUUAUAUUGCGGCGUUUGCUUGAUUCUUCUACAUCGAAAUUUCUCACAGUCGUUAAAAGCGGCGGCGCGCCUAGCCCGCGACUAUGCCCGAAAUGGCCGUCCGCCUAAACCGUGGGCGGAUUUCC